CACGACACUUCUCGUUUGAGAAGGAAACUCCUCCUUGGUUAAACUCGGUAUCUCCACUGUGGCUAUCUAUACAUUCUAAAGAAGAGAGCCCCGAGACACCUUCAUCCCCCGUAUCCAGUUCACUAUGCUCGAUUGCCCGGCAGGCAUAUUCACUGCACAAGCAUUCCGGCCGUGAUCCCAUCAUACUAUUUGACCAGUGUCAAAACGAAUGAACGCCAUUUGGACUUCUAGUACCCCAUAAGAUAGUAUUUCCAAAGAGUCAACUUCCCACCAUUCUUUUGGUUUCUCUUUAUCCCCCUCCCCGUGUAAACAAGAAUGGUAUAUGGGGGAAAGCCAAGUACUGGGUGCUUUCUGUGCCGCAAGCGGAAGAUCAAGUGCGAUGAAGCGGUCCCCCAGUGUCGAAAUUGCCUGGUCUAUGGCCGGCCGUGUCCCGGCUAUCGAAAGGACACGAUUUUCAGAAACGAGACGCAAAAGGUGGAGCAGCUCAUGAGGAAGAACAGCAUUGUGCUUGCCGAUAAUGGACGAAGAAGCCGGAGUACUUCCACUAGCGGAGACAGUCACGACUCAUCUUUAUCAUUGUACCGGGUUGCCGACUCCACGUGGGAUGAGCGAGCCGUUUGCUACUUUUUUGAUCAGUUCACAACCCUCGAAGACCAUGAAGUCUGUAUUAACCACUUGGGGUUCCUCCCCUCGUUGUAUGCGACAUGUCGAGAUACUGGAUACGACGGCUCCGUGUCGUCUUGUCUGCGGCAAGCGGUCGACGCAACGGCCCUGAUCGCGCUGGGUAACGAGGUCAAAGCACCAAACCUCAUUGUCAAGGCCAGGGAUUAUUAUGGCCUGGCGAUUCGAGGGCUUCGGCAAGCAUUAGCUUCGAAGACGCUGGCCGUCAAGGACGAAACUUUUGCGACCAUGAUUCUGCUGUGUUUGUUUGAAGAUAUUGCAGGCGAGCGAAAUGGGCUCGCUAGUUCACAUACCGCGGGAUUAGAGUUCCUCGUGAAGUUGAGAGGCGCGAACCAGCUAGGCAACGCGCAGGGUCGGGAGUUAUUUAGCUUUGCAUACGCUCACAAUCACAUCGAGAUAUUAGCUCUGAGAGAGAAGCCUCGAUACCGCACCGACUGGAUCGUUGAUCAAUUAGAUUGCUCCGACCCGGUGAUUGGGUUGAUGGUGGUCGCGUCGAAACUCAGUCGACUAUUCCUCGAAGCUUCGUCCUACCAAGGGCCAUUUGGACUCGUGGAAAUCGAAAAGCUUGUCUCCUGGAUCGAUGCCGGGCGCCUCAUGGAUCUGGAACUGGCUCAAUGGGCUCAGCACUUACCGAACAACUGGCUUCCUCUUGACGUCUACUCGCCCACGGGCGAGUCUCUGCUAACCUACCAGCGCAUCGCCGUUGCGACGAUCUGGAAAUAUUACCGAGCCGUGCGCAUCAUCCUACAACGGCUGAUGCUCGAGCUCCGCCAGACCCUCGCCUCGGUAGUCGACGACCGUCAAACGUACGAGGAAAUCUUCCAGGGCGACGCCAACGUCACCGACGUAAUCCAAGACAUGAUCACCGAUACCUGUCGCAGCAUCCCCUACUGUUUCGGCGACGUCGACAUGAGCGGAAACCCGCCCUCGUCUUCCAUCAACGACAAGCCCCGCAUCCGAGCCAUCUACGGAUACAUCAUGCUAUGGCCGCUGUGGUACACGUACUCGUGCGGACUGGCGACAGAGGCCCAAACGGAGCAGCUCCGAAGUGCUCUCGCCCGGGUUGGCUCUGCACUGGGAAUCCGACUGGCGCUGGUCCUAGCCAGGGACAAUGGACCCCAGCAUACAUCUCCGGGAGAGAACCCGUUUCGAAAUCCCAUGGGCGAUUUUGCGUUUCCCCUGCAAGCAUCGUCCAUGCAGCUAUGAUCUCUGUCCCUCUUUGUCUUAUUAAGCGAAGGCGUGUUUCAUGGGUUGGGCCCAUACUUAUGACUAUGUAAUUCUUCACUCCUACUUGACUUGUAUUUACAUUCUAGCACAUGCUUGAUAACCAAACCC